AUGUCGCCCAAUGCCCCACCCCUUCCGAAUUCUCCUCCAAAUUCACUAAUGCCUCCAAAUUCACCUCCAUAUCCAACAUCUCCGAAUUCACCUCCUAGAUCACCUUUGAUGCCUCCGAACCUGCCUCCAAAAUCUCCUUUGAUGCCUCCAAAAUCUCCUUUAAUGACGCCAAGCGUACCGCCAAGAUCUCCUAUAAUGACACCGGGUUUACCUCCGUCUCCUUAUAUGCCAUCAAAUUUACCUCCAAAGUCUCCUUAUAUGCCACCUAGUCUACCUUCAAAAUCUCCUUAUACAUCUCCAACUUUGUCACCUUCAAAUUCUGUAUCAUAUUCAAUGUCUCCCUUAAUGCCACCAAGUUCAACAUUUUCAAAAUCACCUCUAAUGUCACCUAACUCAUAUGUGAAAUCAGAUACUAGUCCUUUAAGCAUCCUCAUUGAGACAGAAGAGGAAUAUUUGGCUGAUUUGAAAUGUUUAUUACAGAUUGAUAGAAUGGAAAAGCCAUAUACAAACUAUUGUCAAGGCUAUGUACGAGGCAUCGAGUCAUUACCUGAGAUUGAAGGAAAUAUGACUUUGCAACAAACCACGGAUAAUAUGCAUUUUACAAAUGCAAUUAAACGCAUUGAUUCACUUAUAGAAACAGAAAAGCGGGCCAAGGAUUCGCAAAAUUCAAAUGACUUACCAAUCUCACCAACUAAUCAACCUUCAGCUCCAUCUGAUAAUUAUCUAGUAGAUAUGGACCACCCUGAUUCUCCAGGGUCACCCGUAAAAAAAAUUUGGACGUUGACAGAAUUGGAAUUUUGCUUGGAUACAACUAAAACAGUGGAUUUUAUCACAUUGAAAAAAAAGCAAGUCAAAAUUGAUCUUCUCCCUCCGCGUCUUCCAUUUAGUCGUGAACUAAUUCUUGAUGCUGACCUUACUAUAGUAAAUGAAGAUUAUGAAUCAAACAGUUCACCUAACAAUUUUGUUAGAGCACAUUUAUUUUUAUUGACAGAUCUUUUGUUAAUCUGUCAAAAAUUAAGUCCGGAAGAAAAAGAAAACAAUUUCAUUAAGGAAUUUAAUUUAUUACAUCCACCAUUUAGUGGAAGGUAUUUAUCUAUAAAUGACAAUUAUGAUGGAAAAGAAGAAUCGAUUCGAUUAAAUUUUAUGCAAAAAAAGGAUUUGGUGAUUUUGACAAAGAAUCGUGAACAAAAAGAAAUGUGGUUACAAGAACUUGGCAAAAUGAUAAACUUUACUAUUCAAGCUGCUAGUUCAAGACCGCCAACGAUUUCUGGGCUAAAUACAUAUGGCCAACAAAAUCUAUCAAAUUCACGACUUUCGGUUCCUCAAAAUCCGCAAGGUCCACAAACACCACAUAUUAAAAAAAGUUUAAGCACUGGUAAUCUACCAGGAGAUUAUCGACUGCAAUCUCCAGCAGGAAGUCAUAUGUCACAUCCUAAUUAUGGGCAAAAUGAACUAAAUGUUGCACAGUAUGAAAGAUUUCCACGAACAGCAUCAACAAUGUCGCAAGACAAUGAACUAUUAGUUGCACAAAGAUUUCCACGGACAUCAUCAAUGCGGUCUCAAGAACGUUUAAGAGAAGUAGAGCAGACAGUUACUCGAUUAAUUGAAGCAAAGUGUAAAGUAUUCUUACAAAAAGAUCAUGGAGUUUGGAAGAAUUUUGGAUGGGGAGAUAUGACAUUGGAUUUAGAAUCACCAUCACGAAAUAAAAGAAUUAUUAUCGACAUAGACAAACCAAAAAUGGCAAGAUUUGUAGACGCGAUUGUUUCUGAGUCGGGAGUUCAAAAAACAGGAAAGUGUAAAGUAGCAAUUACAGUAUCAAAUGCACACACACCUGUACCAAGUAUUUAUUUGAUGCAAAUGAAGGAUGAUGUUACUGCUAAAAAA